GCAAGAGGAGGGGCAGUGAAUUUCUGAGUGGGAGUACCAUUCAGAGACAACCAUUUCUGCCUUCUGUCUUAUAGCCCCUCACGCACACAAGGGAUCCAGGAUCAGAAAGGCCAACUUCUUCCACCUCUUUUCUGGAUCAGCUUUCUCUGCCUGCAUCCCUGCAUGGCAUAGACACAGAUAUGAGCAAUCAGCAAGUGAUUUAUUCCACCCUGAGAUUUCUUCAGUCUUCUUCAGAGUCACCAAAUAGAUUAAGGCCACGUAGGACUCAAAGGCCUGGGAAAAAUGAUGGCAAAGGGUUUUCAGUGACCUGGCAUCUCAUUGCAGUGAUUCUUGGGAUCUUGUGUUUACUACUGUUGGGGACAGUCACCCUACUGGGGACAAAGAUUUUUCAGUAUAUUCAAGAAAACCAUCAGCUGGGGGAAGUGAUAGGAAACUUGACUCGAGAGCACCAUAUUUUGCAAAAUGACAGCUACUUAAAGGAGCAACUUUUGACAAAUAUGAUUUCGGAAUAUAACAUUCUCAAAAAUGAAUCGCUUCAGCAGAAAAAGGAACAGGAUUUACUGUUUGCAGACAGGAGAUGUCAGAGAGGAAAUGAAGGCAAACUCUAUGAAAACCGCUGGUCCUGUUGUGGAAUAAAGUGUUAUUAUUUUAUUCCUGAAAGUAAAAACUGGAACGGAUGUAAACAGACUUGCCAAAGUUAUAAUUCAUCUCUUUUGAAGAUAAACGAUGAAGAUGAACUGGCCUUUAUUCAACCCCAAACUUAUAGGAAUAACUACUGGAUUGGAUUAUCAUAUGAUGAUAGAGAACAAAAAUGGAAAUGGAUUGACACUGGUCCACCUUUUGGGAUUAACUAUACAUUCAUGAGUUCUUCUGGAAGAGGACAAUGUGCAUUUUUAACCCCAACAAGAAUAACACCUAUUGAGUGCUCUAAGACCUACAAUUGUAUCUGUGAGGAGAGAAUUGAUGAUAUUUUCUCUGCCUGCUUCAAUAGAUACAAGAAGAAAAGGGAGAAAGCGCAAGAGAGCACAAGCAGGGGGAGCAGCAGAAGCAGGCUCCCCACUGGGCAGAGAGUCCGACACAGGGCUUGA